AUCACCCUCAGAGAUUGUCCUCCUCUUCUUCCAUACGGUAUUCGUCUGCCUCUGUUGUUCCGCUGUUUUGCUUCUAUACUCUUCCCCUUGCACCUUCGUGAUCCUCGCAAACAUUACACAGCAAAACAAACAAACAAACAACAUGAACGUCAACUCCUCGGCAGAGAACCUGCGCUUCGACGGAAAGGUCGUCGUUGUGACCGGGGCCGGAGGGGGGCUUGGAAGGGCAUAUGCACUCUUCUUUGGCUCUCGAGGUGCAAAUGUUGUUGUGAAUGACCUGGGUGGGUCAUUCAAAGGAGAGGGUAACUCGACAAAAGUACCAAAAAUCUCUGAGCUACCUUUCACUCGGGCACUGGGAUGCUAACUGUGCGCCCCUUCUCCACUCCUAGGCGGCAGAUGUCGUUGUCGAUGAGAUUGAGAAGGCUGGUGGGAAAGCCGUUGCCAACUACGAUUCUGUAGAAUUCGGAGACAAGAUUAUCGAAACUGCCGUUAAGACGUUCGGAACUGUCCAUAUCCUGAUCAAUAAUGCCGGAAUUCUCAGAGAUAUCGCUUUCCGAAACAUGAAGGACGACGAUUGGAAUCUCAUCAUGAAGGUUCAUGUGAAGGGGUCAUACAAGGUAUUUCCACCCCGUUCGCCGCACCCGGUGCACUUCCUGGUCACCAUGCUUAUUAUUUCCCAUCUAGUGCGCGAGAGCAGCAUGGCCGAUUUUCAGAAAACAAAGGUAUGGUAGAAUAAUUAAUACCGCUUCGGCUGCCGGUCUGUUCGGAAGCUUUGGUCAAACAAAUUAUGCUGGUAAGAACCGCUGUUCUGAUACUCUUCGCGAAAUUCUCGGAUCGAUAUGCUAACCCCACUCCCCGAUAGCUGCCAAACUUGCCAUGGUCGGUUUCUCAGAAACUCUUGCGAAGGAAGGGGCAAAAUAUAACAUUUUGUGUAAUGCCAUUGCCCCGAUUGCCGCCUCGAGAAUGACGGAAACAGUUAUGCCUCCAGAACUGCUUGAGACACUGAAGCCUGAAUGGGUUGUGCCCUUGGUUGCCGUCCUUGUUCAUGGGUCGAAUGAGGAGGAGAGUGGGGGUAUCUUUGAAGUCGGUGGCGGCCAUAUUGCCAAGUUACGGUGGGAGAGAUCAAAGGGUGCUUUGUUGAAGACAGAUAGCUCUCUGACUCCCAGCGCGCUUCUGAAGAAAUGGGGCGAUAUAAAUGAUUUCUCAAGCUGCGAGUACCCCAACGGCCCAGCAAAUUUCAUGGAGUUAUUGGAACUGGCUCGCGGGCUCGGAACCAAUGAGCAGGGCGAAGGGGUUAGCUUCAAGGACAAGGUAGUCGUCGUCACAGGCGCCGGUGCUGGGUAAGUCGUGUCAUGCAAGCGCCUUCUGUUCUACGUUUAUCCUCUAACCCUCAGUUUAGUCUUGGCCGAGCAUACGCUCUACUAUUUGCUCAGUUGGGAGCAUCUGUGGUUGUCAACGAUGUAAUGAAUCCUGGGCCAACCGUCGACGAGAUCCGAAAGGCUGGUGGAAAGGCCGCGGGCUCAAAGCACUCGGUUGAGGACGGGGAAGCUGUCAUCGAAACUGCCGUUAAGGCUUUUGGCACUGUCCAUGUUGUCAUCAACAACGCUGGUAUCCUUCGCGAUAAAUCAUUCGCUGCCAUGACCGAUGAGCAGUGGGAUCAAGUGAUGGCCGUCCAUCUUAACGGAACCUACAAAGUCACCAAAGCUGCAUGGCCGAUAUUCCUUAAGCAGAAGUACGGACGUAUCAUUAACACUACCUCUUCCAGCGGGAUCUACGGUAACUUCGGCCAGGCAAAUUAUUCUGCUGCCAAACUCGCCAUUCUUGGUUUCUCCAGGGCAUUGGCAAGAGAAGGUUCCAAGUACAAUAUCUUGGUCAACACAGUUGCACCAAAUGCCGGUACUGCCAUGACUGCUACUAUUUUCACUGAGGUGUGUGCAUCCGUAGAAUGGCCCGAAAGAACUGUAAACUCAUUCCCAUAAUUCACGCAGGAAAUGGUCCAAUCAUUCAAACCCGACUACAUAGCACCACUGGUCGCACUGUUGUCUUCUGACAAGGUCCCCGAGCCGGCCACGGGUGGGCUUUAUGAGACGGGUUCCGGUUGGUUUGGGAAGACCCGCUGGCAACGUUCUGGUGGAUGUGGGUGUGUACCCAACAAUUCUAACCUAUCCUUCGGAUCUCGCGCUAACCUCUAUCCCUAAAAGGUUCCCUGUAGAUACACCUCUUACACCCGAGGCAGUUCGCAGCUCCUGGAAGGCUAUCAUUAACUUCGACGACGGCCGUGCGGAUCAUCCCGAGAGCCCCCAAGAUGGCCUCAAAAAGGUCAUGCAAAACAUGCAAAACCGCAAGCCCGGGCCAAAGAAGCACACCAACCAAGAAGUUCUCGGCAACAUUGAGAAGGCCAAGAAGGCCAAGGCCCAAGGUACCCGCUUCGAGUACAAUGACAAAGAGGUCAUCCUUUACAACCUUGGAAUCGGAGCAAAAAAGACGGAUUUGAAGUGGGUAUUUGAAGGUGAUGAGAACUUUGAAGCUCUACCAACGUUUGGUAAGCCACUCCACUCAUUUCUCUCAAGAUCUUAGCCCUGCUAACCGAUUAAUCAGGCGUCAUCCCAGCCUUUGGCACCGACGUUCCAUUCUCUUAUGACGAGAUUAUUCCUAAGUUCAACCCCAUGAUGCUCCUCCAUGGCGAGCAAUUCCUCGAAAUCAAGAAAUACCCAAUCCCGACUUCCGGAACUUUGACUUCCUACCCAACCCUCCUCGAAGUUAUUGACAAGGGAGCAGCAGCUGUCAUCGUUACCAGAACUGAGACUCGAGACUUUGCUGGCGACCUCGUAUUCGCCAACGAGUCCACCGUCUUCGUCCGUGGUUCCGGAAACUUUGGCGGCCCAGCCAAGGGCGCAGACCGCGGAGCUGCCACCGCCUCCAACAAGCCCCCAGCGCGGAAACCCGACGCAGUAAUCGAUGAGAAGACCACCGAAGACCAAGCCGUCCUCUAUCGACUCAGCGGAGACCGAAACCCCCUCCAUGUCGACCCUGACUUCUCCAAAGUUGGCGGCUUCAAGACCCCCAUCCUUCAUGGACUCUGCUUCAUGGGCAUCGCUGGAAAGCACGUUUACCAGACCUUUGGCGCCUUCAAGAACAUCAAGGUCCGCUUUGCAGGUGUUGUUCUUCCAGGGCAGACGCUCAGGACGGAGAUGUGGAAGGAGGGCAAUAAGGUCAUUUUCCAGGCUGGUGUUGUUGAGACUGGGAAGCCGGCUAUUGCUGCAGCCGCAGCCCAACUUGUAGAGGGUGGGGUGAAGUUGUAAUUGGAUUGCGUUACGCUGAGUGACUGGCUGUAUGAUUGAUUGUGCUAUACCUCUCUUUCCGUUUUCCUGUUUCUCUCUUUCCUCUAGCGAUCAGUUUUAAGAUUUCAUCUACGACUCGAAGUUGGGUUGAAUGGAAACAAUUGUUGGAUCGAUCACACUCUGGGGAUUACAGAAUCCUGGUUCAGAUAGCAUGAUGUCAUAUGAUGUCCAGAGAGCUUUCGAGACGGCAAACUGCGCUUUGAUAUUUCGUAAAAUAUAUAUUAUACUACAGG